GUGAGAUCUAUGAUCUACAAAGAGAAGGUGAAGUGGAAAUGAGAAAGGCAGGUUUUGUCAAGGUGAUACGAAAUUAUCGAAUAUUUCUAAAGUUUUGCGUUCAAAAACGUAUUUGGUGAUAACUUCAUUGUCUGGGAUAGUGCAAGCUAGAAGACAGGAACUGGAGAUAAGUAGCAAAGCGAGAAGAGCUGUCGCAUAUGGUGAAGUUGAUUUUCCUUUGUUCAUCAAAUCGGACGCGUCCAUUUUGUGAAAGCAAAAUCUGCGCCGUACCUGAGUUAUCUUCCAUCGGAAUACGAUAAGUACUACUCCGUAGGUUUUAAACGCAAAAUCCCUCAUCUUGAUCUGUGAUAUACAACAAUCGUACGUUACGCGAUACGAAAGGACUGAUAAGAGGACUCGUUUCGUCGUUUCUGAAACGGUCUUCACGUGUUUUCCAAAUGGCCAUGGCCAAAAAAUGCGUGGACGGCGGUAGAGUCGUCGCUAGCGGUGGAUUGGCUCGCACAAAUAACCCAGGGAGCAGGAUGGUGCCUAAACCCAAGAUAUGUGCAGCAAAUCAUCUAGCACACCAGCAGCAAUCCGCCGUGCAGUUGCACCAGUACCACAAUCGCACAUCUCCGUCUAAAGUCAGCCCCUUUAACCAGCAACCGGGGGCGCAAUCUAGACAGCGACAACAAGCAAUGUCGCCCUCAGCUAAGGCGUCGCCCACCAGCCCGAGAACGUCUCCCGGCCUCUUGGCAGGCCACUAUGCCGGCUGCAAGUUUUCGGAGCCGCCAUCGCCCUCACAACUUCCAUUGCCCCCUAAGCAUUGGAUGCAGACCAAUGGUACCAGACAGGUGAGGGUACCAUUCCACGCUGCGUUGACAGGAGAUCGCCAUUUAUCGGACGGAGCGCAACAAUUAAAAUUGUUACUGAAAAUGCAGGCCUGACCUGCCUUGGCGGUUACAAAUCAUUACAGUGCCGCCGCCGUAACAGCAGCUGCACAUUGUAAAUGUAACAAAGGACCAUUAUAUAACUUACUUCUACGAUGAGUGAACAAGGUAUUGAGAGAGUAACUAUGUGAUUAAUCUUAAGAGUCUGGUAGCGAGUGAACACGACAAUACAAACACGAAUCGACGAUGACCCAAGUCAUUGCUAUCUAUUGAUAGGCUAAUUGAUAUGUGAAGCGUAUAUGGAUUGGAUUGUUUCAAAUGUAGAUGUCAAUUUAUGAGCGUCACGUUGUCGAAAGUAACAACACUUUCAGGGUCGUCAAUUCACCUUGAACAAAACUAACAAAUUUCAAAGUACGAGGUUUCGUAAGAGGUUUUUUGCCCGGAAAAAUAUUCCAGACCAUAUGUAUUUUAAAUAUCCAUCACCAUCAUGAAGAAAGUUUAAAAUAUAUAUUUCUGGGAUGUUUAAAAGCAAAACGUUCAUAGUUGCUGAAUGGACCCUAGUCUAACAAGUGAUCAAUUUAUGCGAGUCUAGUCAGUAACAAUAAUUUGCAGCAGUGAUACUAGCUUUUAUUGCAGUGGAAUUAAAUUUUCAAGUAUGUAAUACCCCCAUAUAUUGCAAAUUAGAGUUUCCUUCAUCACCAAGUACGAAAAAAAAAAGAUAAGAUAACCAGAGUUUUUGACAGUGGUCUUUUCUAUCUGAUGCUGGGACCUCUAAUGUGGGGUGUGAGGUUAGACAGAGUCACCAGCAUUUAUUUAAAAUUUUGAGCUUGCAAUUCCAAAAUGCAACUCAAAGGCUUUGAGAUGAAAAGGUUAGUUCACGAUUUCUUGGUAGCUUAAUAAGUAACCAAGAUAAUGUCAUCUUUUCAUCAUAUAAUCGUUUUAUUUUUGAAUGUUGCAUUACAGUGAAUACAUGAUAUUAUUUUGUCGCUGCUGCUUGCUGUUUAGACACACUUGAGUUGUAACUAUCCGCUACCUUUUUGUAAAAAUAUUGCAGUAUCUUACAGUCAAACUUGCUAAAAAAAGCAGUUCAAUUGGUUGUUAUUUUUUAUGCUUUUUGACCAAUAAGCAUUCCCACUCCAUAAAAGUAUUAUUUUGUUUAUUGUUAUUUAUUUUGCUUAAAGCAGAGCUGUUCUUGAACAUUGAUUGUACAUCAAUUAAAACUUUGAGCAAAGAAAUUACCAAAAUUUUAUUGUUGUCAUUUUGAUCAAUAUUAUUUCUCUGACUUUCUCCUGUGCGGACGCGCAUACAUUUGGCUUUCCUAACCCUUAUUUUGACUGAAACAAACGGGAUAUUUAAAAGCAUAACGUUCAUAUUUGCUGAAUAAGCCCUGUAUGGACCCUAGACUAUCAAGUGAUCAAUUUAUGCGAGUCUAGUCAGUAACAAUAAUUUGCAGCAGUGAUACUAGCUUUUAUUGCAGUGGAAUUAAAUUUUCAAGUAUGUAAUACCCCCAUAUAUUGCAAAUUAGAGUUUCCUUCAUCACCAAGUCCGAAAAAAAAAAAGAUAGGAUAACCAGAGCUUGUGACAGUGGUCUUUUCUAUCUGAUGCUGGGACCUCUAAUGCGGGGUGUGAGGUUAGACAGAGUCACCAGCAUUUAUUUAAAAUUUUGAGCUUGCAAUUCCAAAAUGCAACUCAAAGGCUUUGAGAUGAAAAGGUUAGUUCACGAUUUCUUGGUAGCUUAAUAAGCAAUGAAGAUAAUGUCAUCUUUUCAUCAUAUAAUCGUUUUAUUUUCGAAUGUUGCAUUACAUGAUAUUAUUUUGUCACAGCUGCUUGCUGAUUAGACACACUUGAGUUGUAACUAUCCGCUACAUUUUUGUAAAAAUAUUGCAGUAUUUUACAGUCAAACUUGCUAAAACAGCAGUUCAAUUGGAUGUUAUUUUUUUGCUUUUUGACCUAUAAGCAUUCCCACUCCAUAAAAGUAUUAUUUGCUUGUUAUUUAUUUUGAUUAAAGCAGAGCUGUUCUUGAACAUUGAUUGUACAUCAAUUAAAACUUUGAGCGAAGAAAUUACCAAAAUUUUAUUGUUGUCAUUUCUCCUGUGCGGACGCGCAUACAUUUGUCUUUCUAACCCUUAUUUCGACUGAAACAAACGCCGAUCUGUAUGCGUCAAAUUUUUUUAUCUGUAUGACAGAAACUCAAAUCGAACAAUCAAAAAGUUUCUACGAAUCGGUCUUGUAAUUGUAGCGCAUCAACCAAUUUUGAGGAUUGUCCUGUUCAGCCGCGCUGUGAUAUGUGGCAAUCGCCGAAUUUAGAACCUAGUUAGUUUUAACCGUAUUACUUUAUUCUAAAUGUGAUUCUGUUCAAUUGUUGAAAAUUAUAAGAGUAUAAAUUUGAGUUUGAGAGCUCGUGAUAGAGAUACGGAGCGUGAGGGAGCAGUGCUCAGAGAUAAACGUUGUGUGAUAAAUGUUUACUAGUAACAAGGGAGCGACCGCUCGUCGGGUGCAGCGAUGACGGAUCGGGACGAUAGAUGUCGCUCGAGAACGACCCCCCUAGCGUAUCCGAGAGUCGACGGCACGUCGACAGUACUGAUUUUUUUAACGUCGGAUACGCGUUCGGGCGGCCUGUUCCGAGCGAAGUUUGCUUCACGUCUUUGGUCUAGCUCGAAUGAUCGUUUCAAUUUAUUGCCGAACCGACUAGUUAUCGAUUAUGAAUUCAAUCGUCGUAUUCGUAGAUUUUUUCGAAUCUGGUGAUUCGAUUGAAAUUUUACCUUUAUUCUCCGAUAAAAAUGACCCAUAUGUUAGAUUUUUUAUUAAUUAUUAAUCUAACACCAGUAUUUCAAAAGUUUUCUUUUUCAAAUUGGCAUUGAGAAAUCUGGUUUUCGUGAUUAACAAAAAAAUGAACUGCACUUUGGGAACAUAUCAAUUUGGAGACACUUUUUAUGGAAUCAUUCCAUGAUGUUUCCUUCUGGAUUGUAUCCCGUAUCAAUCUCGAUAACUUUGCGAGUACUAUUUAUAUUUACAUAUACCACUCAUUCCUGAAAACAUUUGCUAGCCACUUCAAAAGCGCUAGUUGGUUUGACAUAAACAACUGUUUUUCAUGUUCAGAGAAAAUUGUGGUGUGUAUAUUUUUAUAUCUUGCCUUUAUUUGUAUUAGUACUGAGUGGGGUAUUUGGCUACUAUUCUCUGACGUUGAAGUGAUGUGUAUUGUGUAUUGAUUCAUCUUGAAAAGUUGAUUACCAACGGAAAUAAGUCCUCGAUUUAUUGUUUCGAAACGUGAAAGGCGGUUGUUGAUCCACACCCGGAUGACUAUGCAGGGUCCGGCACAAAGGUCGGUCGGUUUUUAAAAAUUAUCAAGAUCGUAUUGCGUUUGUUACAAUUAAGUUUGGAAUCAUGUCAUGUGUGCUGGGCGUUCUUGAAAGUUGCCUCCACCUCGUCCAGAGUUCGGGCUUGUGCUUGUAUACACGAGCCUUGAGGUGUCCCCGUAAGAAAAAAUCGCAGAUGGAUAAAUCUGGGGACCGAGGAGGCCAGUGAACAUCACCAAACCUAGAAAUAUGUUAAAGCAACUACGGAAAAGAGGGCGAAUAACGUUUAUCGUUUCUCUAGCUGUGAGUGGUCGCCCCAUCGUUAGGGAACCACUCACUCCGGAAUGGAACACGUCGUCGUCGUAAUUCAGAUGAAAAGAAGUUGAUCAUUUCGACAUAGCGCUCCGAGUUCAUGGUAACAGUUUUGCCAAUACCGUCUUGGAAGCGCACCAAACCGGGUGUGCAGCGGUCUUCCAUCUAACUGUCAUUAGCCCAAUAACGGCAAUUCUGCUGGUUAACCAUGCCAUCAAGAUGAAAGCGAGCUUCAUCACUCAUGAACAAAAUAAGGUUCUCAUUUUGCUCGAUAAGUUUAGCAGCAGUUCGUGGUGCUCCUGGUGGUCUUUUGUUGAUCGGUACACCACGUGUGCGAAGUGAUUGAACCUAACGAAGGAUGGCGUUUCGAUUCCGAUGAAAAUUGAAGUCGAAACUCACGCUGUACAGCCGUGAUAUACUCAUUAUCUCGGACAAAACUGUCGUUCGCGAAAGCCGUCCACUGCUUCAUGUCUACGCCCGAAUGGGCGGAGAGUACUAGCCAUUUCAAACACAUCCGUCCUUCGUGCCUGACCCUGUAUAAGGAUAAUAUAAUGUGUGAUAUUUUCCAUCUAUUUUUUGCAGUAAAAUUUCAUUGAUAACAUCAAUGCUGUUUUUUGUUAUCAAAAGCAGAAAUUCAUUAUAAUGUACUUAAAAUCGGUAGCUGUUAUACCACAAAAAAAUAGAAAACGGAUAAAAUAAAAACGUUUUGAUAACAAAAACCAUAUUCUUCGAUCUUUGAAUCUCGAGAAUGGAUGGACAAUAUUGUAUCAGGCAAAUGCUUAUUUCUUUUGGUAUGAGUGAUCUUCCCACCAGUUUUUUGCUGUGAUUAAAUGCAUGUUGCCAUAUAUUAUGAGCACAGUUAGAUUUAAUUAAGGACUUGCGUGAUUUUUGAUUCAACGUUUGAUAUGGAACGAGUUCUGCCAACAUGAGCUACAUACAAUCAUUGCGCAAUUUGCUUCAGUCUACUUCGUUAUUUUUGGGAUCUAACCUCGGUUUUGGUUCAGCUUCUAUUAAACAACAAUCAGACAUUACAAAUUCCAGGACUUGGGCGUUAUAUGAACGAUUUUUGUUCGAUAGGAAAUAACAUAACGAAUAUUUUCACAUUAAAUUAAAAAAAAAAAGAUUCUCAAGCAUUUUGUAAUCUUAAUCUCCAGAAAAUGAAGGCUAGGUUGAUUUAAAAGAUGCAUAUUGGCAGAACUCAAUAUUUUCGCGGUAGUAAUAGAUAGGCCAAAGAUGUAAGGAACAACUCGGUACUUUCUAGACUCGGACAUAUUACCAGUGUCCAUUUCAUUUUGCAGUAUAUAAGCGAGAUAGUACAAACGGAUUUCGAAACGUCAUCGCUCUACCGCGUCCAAAAAAUAAUCGUCAAUUAUGACGCAUAUUUUUGUUAAACGCAGUACAAAUAUAUAAUCAUUAUUAGUUAAGGUUUAGCGUGUAAGGAGAAAAGCUUUAACUGUGAAUAUCUAACCCAGGUCAUUGCCAGCUCAUCUUUUUUCGCUCUCUCUAAAACAAGGUGACUGUUAAUAGUGACGGGUUGCAUAUUCACAGGUACACACAAACAUCUUGUCAUCAUUGUUCAAUAUUGUGCUAUAUGUUAGGGAAGAUAGCAAUUGUUUCCCGUCACGAUUUGUAGUGAUGUGCAAUAUUGACACUUUAAGUGUAACAAUUUUUUCGGCAAUUCAGUUUGUAUUUAUUAGGGAUUCUAAUUUUUUCUAACUAAAAUUGUUUUUAUGUUUUUUGUUUUAUGAAAUCGACGAAAAUUGUGCAUUUUUUUAAUUUCUCCAGGGGUUUAUAUUAGGAUCUCUAAUUUUUACAUAAUGAUUAAGUUGUAGUUUAUUAGUAGAAUCUCAGAUCUCAUGCUGUUCACUAAUAUUUUUUUGGAUUAUUUUACGAUGCAUUUGCAAUAUUCUUAAUGUUUAAAAAACCAUAUAUGUAUCUCCAUCCUAAAAUCUGUGAUACCUUAAUCCUAUCCCCGUUUCUUAACCUGUCGUAGAAAAACAUCUAUCAGAAUUUCAACAAAUAUCACAUUUUCAUAUUGGCAUCACCUGUACCAUUUUAUGAAAAAAUAUUUUGCUACAAAAUCUUUGUAACUCACAACUAUCUGCCGUGGUACACAUUGGGCAAAGUUUUCUUUGUAAUUUCUGGAAUAAAGAGUAUUAAUAUAUUUGUGUACGCCCAAAGUGUACUGUUGCAGUUAUCGAUCGGGAUGUUUUUCUAUUUCCCAUUAACCCAUGUUAUCCUUCAUCUCUUCACACCCCUUCCCGCUUUCCUUUCCGGGGCACCUGGUGCCCCACCA